GGAGAGCGGGAGGAUCCGGCUCGCACAACCAGUGCCGGGUCCCCUCUUUCCCUCCGUGUGCCAGGCUUGCCCUCCCCCCUCCCCGCUUUGGAGUGCAGCCUGUAUGUAUUUUAUUGAACGGCGCUCUCUGGAGAUGAUGCUCGGCUCUUGACGCCGCUGAACACGCGUUGCUGACUGGAAUUUGUGCUAUUUAAUCCUCUCACCCCUCCCACCUUCCUUUCUUGUUGUAUGAUGGGGAAAGAGCAGGAACUUCUGGACGCAGCUCGCAUUGGGAAUGUAGCGGUGGUGGAAAAAUUGCUAAGUGGCAAAAAAGGAUUAUUAGGAAGUGGAUCGAGCUCCAUCCCACUGUCCAGCCUGCUGAGGAAGCGGUUCCUGCACUCCAAACUGUCACCCACAAGCAUUUGGCGAGGGCCCAAUGUCAACUGUACAGACACCUCUGGUUAUACAGCCUUACAUCAUGCUGCUUUGAAUGGACACAAGGAUGUUGUUCUGAAGCUCCUUCAGUAUGAAGCCUCCACCAAUGUGGCAGAUAACAAGGGUUGCUUUCCACUCCAUUUGGCUGCUUGGAAGGGCGACAUGGAUAUUGUGAAAAUUCUAAUCCACCAUGGGCCAUCCCAUUCCCGAGUGAAUGAGCAGAACAAUGAGAAUGAAACCGCGUUGCAUUGUGCAGCACAGUAUGGACACUCGGAGGUGGUCGCUGUCCUUUUGGAGGAACUGACUGAUCCCACUAUAAGGAACAACAAGUUUGAAACCCCCCUUGACUUAGCUGCACUCUAUGGCCGCUUGCAAGUGGUCAAGAUGUUAAUAAACGCGCAUCCCAAUUUGAUGAGCUGCAAUACCAAAAAGCACACUCCUUUACAUCUCGCUGCACGCAAUGGACACAAGGCUGUGGUCCAGGUUUUGUUGGAGGCCGGCAUGGAUGUGAACUGUCAGACAGAGAAGGGGAGUGCCCUGCAUGAAGCUGCUUUGUUUGGAAAGCUGGAUGUUGUCCGAAUUCUACUAGAAGCAGGGAUUGAUGCAAGUAUCAAGGACACUCAAGAAUGGACUGCGUUAGACAUUCUGAAAGAUCACCCAUCCCAGAAAUCACAACAAAUCACUGCGCUCAUACAAGAUUACAUGUCGCAAAAGAUGGACAUAAAGGGAACAGAAGAACCAGGGAAGCUAUGUCCAGUUCCAACCCCUCGGCCCUCAAUUUCAUCACCAGCUGCCUCACCUUCUCAUAAAGUCAAAGGUGAAGCACUAACUGGGGAGCUGUCAAAGCUUUUGUUGGAAAUCCGAGAGAACCAGGAUAAAGAUUUUGAUGAUCUGUGCCAAGCAGUGUCCUCGUGCUCCAUGGACAGUUUUACCAGUACAAAGAUUUCUGAUGAUGACGUUGCCAAGUGUGAAAACCAGCCAAAACAUUCCAAGCGAGACCGUCUAUCUCCUCCAGUAAAAACACACCACACAGAAGAGGAAGAAGGAGAGAAAAGCUGUGGACCCACGAGACUAUGGGAAGCUUUCAGUCCCUGCAAUGGCUGCCGACCUCUUGGCUUCCCAAUUUUGACACAGGAAUCAGAAACAAAGGCAGAUGACCAGACUCUUAACAUAAGGCUGUCUCCAUCCCUAGACAGUUUCCCUCCAGAAGAGGAGAACACUCCUUAUGAAUUCCUGGCUGUCACAAAGAAACCCCGUUCGCUGGAAAUAUCCAGAGUGUCUUCAGGAAUAACAGAGGUUGCCCCACAAGUAACAGUAACGGCACCAGAAGGUAAUCACCACAGGAAAAGUACUGGUCCCACCCCGGAUUGCUCACCACCGUCCCCAGAUACAGCACUGAAAAAUAUCGAGAAAGUUAUCCGACCUCAGCCUAAGCAACGAACUUCACUGAUUUCCUCGCAGGAGGUAUACAGGCCAAGUCAUGUGUACGAUCAGUCAGAGGUCAGUUCAUCUGUAGGCUAUGCCAGUGUUAAUACUACACCUCCUAUUAGCCCCGCCAACUACUCCAUCGGAUCGAUAGAAGGAAGUGACCUCAUAGAGGAGAGUCUUUGCCAACGUGAAGCCUCUGCGGAAGAGGAACUCCAUGAUGGGCACAUCCCUGAGCAGUUUGCAGGUUUGCUACAUGGCUCAUCCCCAGCCUGUGAGUCUCCUGAGAACCCUUAUCAUCUGUACACAAAAGCAAAUAAGGAGUUCAGCAGUGACAAUGCCUUGAGAAUCAAAGGGACAACCCGGGAGCCAAAUUUAAUUAAAGCAAAUUCACUACAAUGCACAGAUGAAACAAAUGAGGCACAGCGGCUGCAAGCUGUUAGUGAUGCAUCAAUAUUAAACAGAGACAGCAAACCACAAGUUCUUUAUAAAACCAUUUUACACACGAAAGUGAACCAGCAUGACAGUGAUACGUUAGUCAACUCCAGAACUUUUCGCAAUAAUGAUCGCUGGAUAAGCAGCGCUGGAGAAAAGCUUGGUUUUGAGGAUAGGGCAUGCACUUUAGGAAGGGUAAGAUCAGGAGGAAAGACCCUUCUUGAGUUACAAUUAGCCAGAAACAUUUCAAAGUCAGACUCCAACCUUAUUACUUGCUCACCUAUUGAGGAAGAAUCGAGGAGCAGUCGCUGUGAGUCUGUAACAAACUAUUUCAAAGAAAGCAAGCAGUGCACCGGAAAAUGCCUGGAGCGUACACCUUCUUUCACAGCUGAAUGGGAAGAGAUUGAUAAAAUCAUGAGCUCCAUAGGAGCAGGAAUCAAUACAGGCCUGAAAGGAAAGCACGAUGAUGUUUCAGGACCCAGAGUUGUAUUUCAGACUGUGGGACGGUGGCUGGAGAGCAUAGGACUUCCGCAGUAUGAAAACCACCUGCUGGCAAAUGGAUUUGACAACAUCCAGUUCAUGGGAAGCAAUGUUGUGGAAGACCAGGAUUUGUUGGAGAUUGGCAUCCUUAAUUCUUCACAUAGACAGCGAAUUUUACAAGCUGUUCGUGGCCUUCCUCGGGUUAAAGUUAUUGGUUAUGAUACGAACAGUCCAACAUCUGUCGCAGACUGGUUAGAUUCUUUGGAGCUGAAUGACUAUAUCAAGACCUUCCUGGCAAAUGGUUACACAUCAAUGGACCUUGUGAAAAAGCUUUGGGAAAUCGAACUCAUUAAUGUGUUGAAAAUUAACCUUCUGGGUCACAGAAAACGAAUCUUAGCAUCACUUGGAGACAGACUUCACGACGAGCCUCCUCAGAAGCCUCCGAGGACAAUUACUUUGAGGGUCAGUUGUCCUGAAUCCCGCAAUGCCAUCUUGCAAGAUGAUGUAUAUAUCGUAUCUUGGAUGGACCCUGGGAACAACACUCCUCCUCAACUUUCCCCAUCCCUUAGCCAAAGCACUUACACUGGUGGCUCUCUUGAUAUCCCCUCUUCCCAUUUAAUGAUGCAAGGGGACGCAAGAAGGCGAAUCAAUGACAGCUACUUUGAGGAUAUGCCUAGGUCAAAACUGGAAAGACAAAUGGCUCAGCAGGCAGAAUGGAGUGAGCCUUCAAUCACUCUACGUCCUCCAAAUGAAGCCACGUCAUCUACGCCUGUGCAGUAUUGGCAACAUCAUCCUGAAAAACUGAUCUUUCAGUCCUGUGACUAUGAAGCAUAUUAUUUAGGAUCUAUGCUGGUGAAGGAAUUGCGAGGAACAGAGUCAACACAGGAUGCCUGCUCUAAGAUGCGGGCUUCAGAGCAAAUGAAGAAGAUUCCUACAAUUAUACUUUCAAUGUCAUACAAAGGUGUAAAGUUCAUCGAUGCUGCAAACAAGAAUAUCAUCACAGAACAUGAAAUUCGGAACAUUUCUUGCGCUGCUCAAGACCCUGAGGAUCUUUCUACUUUUGCUUACAUCACCAAAGACUUAAAGUCAAGUUACCACUACUGUCAUGUAUUCAGCGCGUUUGAUGUGAAUUUAGCCUAUGAGAUCAUUUUAACACUGGGACAAGCUUUUGAAGUGGCUUAUCAGCUGGCCCUACAAGCCAGGAAAGGUGGCCAUGGCCCUCCCACAAUGCAAGAUAGCCUUGAAAGUAAAGCUGGCAAACCCAUUCCAAAGCCGCGAGCAAGUAUCCGGAAAUCUGUGAUCGAUCAACCUCUUCUGGAACAAAAGACUCAUCCUAAUGUACCUUGGAUUGUGGAACCUGUCCAAGAAUCAAAAAGGGCGAUGAGCACUAAGUAUGAGACCACGAUAUUCUAAACGCUAUGUCUCAUUCUCCUCUGUCUGUGCCUUCGCACUCUUUUGAGCAAUCACUGCAAGCAGCACAUUUUGUCUCCUCUGGUGACCUCUGACCCAGUGGAGAGGAAAACUGCACUCGCUGAGUGACCUUUACAUAGUUACUGUCAUCACUGCAUGAAGCUGCUCUUUUUCCUUGACAUUCCUCUCACUGUAGCAACAGGAAUGACACUGACACAUGACAACUGUCUUUAGACUUAUUUAAAACCAGUCCAUCAGAAGGAUUUAAGUUGAUGCAGUUUCAAGAGUUUUUUCUUGGUCUUGAUGUAACUUUGCUCUUCAAAUUUUUUUGGGUCAUCACGAUUUAGAAGAAAUCAGUGGACUCUAACUCUCAAGCUCUCUUCUGCCCAUCUGAUAACUUGAAUGCUGCUAAAAGCUGAUAACAAGUCUAAGCCUUUUUUUAAAAGAAUCCCUUUUGGACUAACACUUUUUAACAAAAAUUCUGCAAUUUAUGUAUUGCAGCCUUGGGAUAUUGUUUGGAAAAAAAGCUGAGCUGAGAUAUUUCGAUAAUGGCUUUUGUUUUGAAAUUACUGCUCUGUUUUAGUGGUUUGCUAAUGCUUUAGGCAAUUGUUGUGAAGUUCACUAUUGUUUUACUGGAAAUUUCACAACUUAUCAAUAUUCAAUCAGACCAAUACCUUCAGAGGUUCUCUCGCCCUUGUUUCAAACACUGAUCUGCACUGAAAAGAAUUUUAUAAUUUUUUUCCUUUGGUAAUGUGGUACGGCAAGUGUUAGUGUGAGGAUAUUUUUAUUUAUUGUUUUUUCAGGUAAGCAGUAGUGAUUUUUAUGACACCUUGCUCUUAAAAUGUGAAAGAAUGAAGAAUGUUUUAAAAGACAGAAACAAAUAUCAAGAGCUUUACACUUGAAACCAAUGUGCAGUCUUAUUUCUAAACAGUGUUCAGAAUAGUUAUCUAAUUUUAAAACAUUUUGACAAAUGGCAAUUGAGGGGCUUAAAGGAAGUGAAAUCCCAAAUUUUAAAAACAAUUUUCUCUAUGAUUUGGGUGGAUAAAGUCAUCCAUCAUUCCAAUGUAGCCUAUUGCAAUGUUGGUGAGGUCCUUUGGGCUGUAGAAGAAGGUGUUAAUUUCUGCAAGCCAACAACAUUGCAUUGCAGGUGGAGGCACACUGCCUAUUCUAUACAAUGCACUGACAAUGGAUACGUUAGCAAUCCAAGUGACAGUGCUGGAUGCAGAAGAGGUUGCCUUUUCAUAUUUAAAACACAAACAUAGCUAUUUCAGAAAAUAUAUUGUCUGCACGUGUGAUUGUGAGAUUUAAAUGAAACAUGGCACAAUGAAUAUAUUUUUGUUCUAUAAUACAAAACACAAAAUUUCAUGAAUAGUGACUUGCUCGGCAGUGUGAUGCAUCUUCCAUUUGAGGCAAAGCCUAAGAUCUGUAACUGAUUUCUUCAAAACAAUGCAGCACAUGACAUUGUUAUUUGAACUAAACCUGUGAAACCACAAUCAACUGAUUUACUACCUGAAGCGAUCAAUGUUUAUUGAAUAUGAGAAUCAUCAUGUUUCUCAAUUGUUUGCAAAAAAAAAUGCAGCUGCGUAUAAUACAGCUAUGCUGCAUUGCCAAUUGAAACCACGUUGAGCUAGAAUUCAACUGUGAUGUGAAUAGGCAGCAUUGUAAAGAAUGGUGAUGAUAACAGUUAUUAUGGCACCAUCUAUUUGAAACAAAAUUCUAUUGUGAAUCAAUUUAAUGUUUAUUUUAGAAUCCUUAUUGAACUUGUGUAAUAAUGGUCUUAAGUUGUUUCAAUGUUACAUUAUUUUUAUAUGAUAUAGAAACUAAGCUGGGCUUACUGACAAAGGUCACCCAAAUAUAAAUUAAGGGAUGACUAUUAGAGCUUGGAUUGUAAUUGAUAAUCAAAUGUAUAUUGUAUGGUUGGACUGAAUUUUAGUUCAAUUCAGUGUUAAUCUUUUAAUACGGUAUUAUAGUACUUGAACAAUGCGGUUUCCUUGUAUAUAUUUUGCCUAUUCACUGUUGAUACAUGUAUGUAGUAACUUGGCAGUUUAAAAACAAACACUGUAAACAUGGUACCAAAAUGAAAAUGUAUGGGGAUAAAAUAGUGGCCUCGCUGCAACUAAUCAUUGUAUAUAUGCUUGGGCUUCCAGUUACAAAUUUUGUAAUAUUGUCAUUAUUUAUAUCCUGCAGAAGCACAUUAAAUAAACAGGAUGUACAAACAUAGCCAUUUUACAGUUUGUUUUACUGUUUUGUGAACAUUAUCAUCUCACUUUCAUUAAAAGCCAAAAGCCUGUGUUUUGAUCUAA